UAAAACACAGUAGUAAUAACCUUUACAAAUCUUGACACGCUACCGUAGUCCAGAGUUAGCUUGCAUUAGUUGAGUAAAUCAAUGGUGUCCCGCCGGCGGAGCUUAAAUUUCACUUAAGGUCAUCAAAGAUAAUGGUGAUACAUCAAUAUCUCGUUAACACUGUGCACGUAAUCUAAUGUUAACUUUAUAUCCUCUUUUAGUUUACUGUCUACACAGUACCGUGGCUCACUUUUCCUGGAGAUAGAGCACCCUAACCAGGAUUUCAGCAUGAAUCGAGCUUUUGCAAUAUGUGCCCCCGUGGUGCAAUUUUCCAGAGUGGCUCUCAGAGUGUGUAUAUCAAAUACCCCUCACUACAGGACCGCAGCAACCACUGGCCCUCAUCCGUACAUCUCCCUUUGGCCCUCGCUCCCAUCCAGAUGCUCUUAUUGUACAAACGUCAAAGUGCGAUCAUAUCUUGAGUACAUGAAACGUAAGAUCAUACCACCCCCAAAACCACCUUAUAGUCAUGUCUGCCAGGUAGGUGACCCUGUGCUACGUUCACAAGCUGCAACUGUUGACCCUGCAGAGAUAACGGGCCCUGAGAUACAAUUAGUCAUCAGGACAAUGGUACAUGUUAUGCGGAAACUGGAGUGUGUGGGACUGAGUGCACCUCAAAUUGGGGUGCCACUCCGCAUUUUCACAAUGGAGUAUCCUGAGAAGAUGUUGGCGGAGAGUUCACCUGCGUCCAGAGAGGCGCGUGGUAUCUCUGUACAGCCCUUGAGGGUUUUUAUCAACCCCCAUUUAAGAGUGCUGGAUGGACAGACUGUGCUUUUCCAAGAGGCCUGUGAGAGCAUCUCAGAGUUUUCUGCCACGGUUCCUCGCUACAUGUCUGUGGAAGUGUCAGGCCUGAAUGAGAAGGGUGAAUCUGUCACUUGGCAAGUGAGCGGCUGGCCAGCUCGCAUAAUCCAGCAUGAGAUGGACCACUUGGAUGGGGUUCUCUACGUUGACCGCAUGGACAGCAAAACCUUUAUCAACAUCAAAUGGGAAUCAUACAAUGAGUAGCAGAAAGACUCAAAGAAGCAGCACUGGAGAGCCUCUAGAAAGUCAAAAGAUCACACAAAAAAGCUACAUCCAUGUUUCUUACUGUGGAUUGAGACUGCGUAAUGAGUAAUUUGCAAACUGGGAUUACUGUUCUGUAAAACCGUUUGGCGCACACAGUAAUAUUUGCUAUUAACUGGUGAUUACAAAAUUAAAAAUAAAUAAACCUUAG